AUGUCCACCUCUAGUACUGCUGCGCACAGCGGCGGCAUCAUGGACAAGUUGCACAAAUUCGCGUUCGCCAGCAGCGCGCUGUAUGCCGUCAUCAUCAUGCUCCUCGCAAUGCCUUUCGUUCAACGGCACGCGUUGUUCCAAAAUGCCAUCCGUAUUCCAUGGGGUGCGAGGUUCGAUAUGCCGGAGAAGUACGGACUUGCACCGGGCAAGACUAUGGACUUCAAGCUCAUCACACCAGACAACCUCACGAUUGGCGCAUGGUUUGUGCUUUCGGAUCCUUACUAUCAAGAGCAUAGAGCCUCUGUCUUCGAACAGCCAACCCUAGAGGAUGUCCACAAAGCACUCAAGUCUUACCCCACGGUUUUGUACUGUCACGGCGCCGCGGCUACCCGUGCGGCUCCGACACGCAUCCAAGCUUACUCCGCGAUCACGUCUCGUCUAAAGGCCAAUGUAUUCACCGUCGACUACCGAGGAUUUGGUGAUAGCGAAGGCAUUCCAUCCGCAGAAGGGGUUAUCGAAGACGCGAAGACGGCCUGGCGCUGGCUUAUGGAACAAGGCGUGAAGGCGGACGAAGUGGUGAUCGUUGGCCAUAGCUUGGGUACCGCAAUUGCGACGGGUCUCGCUACCGCGCUUGCUGAAGAAAAUAUCAAACCUCGCGGUGUCGCCCUCUUGGCUCCCUUCACUAGUCUUCUGGCUCUCAUCGAGACAACGACUAUUCAAGGCAUUCCCAUCUUGCAGCCUCUGCAGAGCUUUGCGUUCGGGAAGAGGCUCCUCCAAUGGCUUCUCGUCCCUUCUUUCGAUACACUCGCUAUCAUCGGAGAGAUAAACGUGCCGAUUCUGAUUGCUCACAGUCAGGCCGACAUGGACAUUCCGCACUACCACUCGCGCACGCUUCUCGAUACCCUCCUUGAUCCCCAUCUCCCAGCCGCGCAGGCACUCCCGGAUUCGCCGAGCAUCGUCCCGUCGGAUGGAGAAUAUCGCACCUAUCUGGAAGUUCAGAAAGAACGCCGAACACUGCGGAGCCAGCUCGUUCGCAAGAUCGAAGUCCCAACUUUCGGGACGAUCGAGGAGUUCGACGGAUCGGCUGGCAAGGUGGUGUAUGUGGAGACGUUCUGGGGGAACCACAAUGAAGUCGGUCUGCAAGAAGGCGUGCAAGACCUCAUUGCGAGCACUUUCCGUCUCGGGACCCACCUGUAG